AUGGCUGUUUUAUGGCGGACCCAGUUUGCCACUGUUACUCUUAACAUCCUUUUGGGAAUCCCGUUUGUCCUGACAAACAAAGACUUUUGUGGAAGCGUUUUUGAAACUCAAGUCGGUGAGUAAAUACUUCGAAAAAAAGAAAACCAAAACCAACCGAUUCUUAUACUCUCUUUGCAUAGCUAGUAGUUACUAGAAAGAAAUUUUUUUGCCUUUCAGACCAUGCCUUGGUGGGUCAUGUUAUCCAGACAAAUGUUGUUGUGGACGAGUUUGAAUGCCAGUUAAAAUGUAUGGGAAAUAACAGCUGUAAGUCGAUCAAUGUUCAUCCCGGUGAAGGCAAUGAAAAACGUAGCUGUGAGUUGAAUAAUACAACACGGCAGAUGAAGCCAGGUCAUUUUAAAAAGAAGAAAGGAUCUACAUACUAUAACUCUGUUCAGGUGGGUUCUGGGUUAAGUAGGUUUGUUGAUAACUUUCCUAUCUUAUUCACACCCAAGAACAAUGUUUCGGUACUGCUGCUGUAUACUAAUGAAAACUGAGAGAAUCAAUCGUUAUUGGCUUAUAAGUAGGCGUUCACUUUGUAAACAGAACACCAGGCACUUAAAAGUCUCGGGCAAACGUUUCUCCGAGCGAGUCUUAACUAUCUUCAUUUUUUUUAGCAAUUCCUGUUUGCAACACACUGCGAACCAAAAGGUUUCUUUUCUGCUUGUAUAGCAUGUUCUGAGUGUUGACAUGAGUGUAAGGGCAACGUCAAAUUUCAUGUUUGGAAACGCACAUUAAGCGUCUGAAUACUGAUAACGAGAAAACAAGCUUUGUGUACUCUGAAAAACAAUCGAUGGCAGAACGGGAAGAAAAACGUUUAACUUUCUGUUUUACUAAUCAGGCCUCCUGCAUGGAUGUUUCCCGCGGGCGCAAACAAAUAACUAAAAGCGGCCAGUGUCAUCCGGAAUACAAAGGAAAACAUUGUGAAACACGUAAGUGGUGAGACUGUUCUAGAAAAGUUCUACUUUACACGUUGCCAAACAAAAUACAUGAAAAUUAAGUGCAAUGAGGAUGGUGUAAAUUUCCAAUUGGGGACUCCUUUUAAAACGCAUUUCUGAAGAUACAUGCGGACAAUCAUGUUCAAGUUUGCGUUUAGCUUUUUCCCCUAUUCAUAACAUCUUAACCGGUGUGCGAAGAUUAAUAAACUCAUUAAGAUUAAAGCUCAUUUCCUUUUCAGCUACCAGAGGCUUAUAUUUCAAUCAGCCUGGUCAUUCCUGUAAGGACAUCCGGGACUCAGGUUACUUUCAAAAAGACGGAGAGUACUGGAUCGACCCAGAGAAAAAUGGAAGUUCUUUAAAAGUAUUUUGUGACAUGACAACUGAUGGAGGUAAGCAUUGUAAAUAACUGGUUUCUGUAAUUUUGGCUGUGCAUAGAAGAGCAAGGCUGCAAAGGCAACCUUUGUGCUGUUUGACCCUGAAGAAAAAAAAUUGCUGCAAAAUAAUUAAAUACAGAAAAAACAUUCAAAGAAUGCUACGGACAAACAAAAACAUCUGUUUUAGGAGAGGAGUAUAAGGUUUGGCCCGCAUUUCAAGUGAAAGUGCCAAAAGGCUAGAGCAAAACCAGCAGGAUUGUUCAAGACUCUUUUAGAGAAGUAACAGCAGAAAUACAGACAAAAGCUCCAGCUUGAGGUUAAGCAGGGUUUUUAUCUGAAAUCACCGAGGUGAUAACAAAGGAACAAAACCAUUCUACCAACUUAUCUUCUUUAAAUAGAUAAAGCCGGUAGGUAGAGGGAGGACCAUACUUUUGCGCCGUGGCGCAAAGGGUUACCGGUUACCUCGCCACCAGGGAGACUCGCCACCAGCGAACUCGAGCUCGCCACCAAGGAACGAUCUCGCCACCAACGUACUCGCCACCAAGCGAAGUCUUCUCGCCACCAACCACCAAUAAAGAGAUAAACUAGAAUAAAGUAGUCGAGGAGAGUAGGAUGUUCGAACGAGCACAAUUCAAAUCGGCCGAUACGUUUGUGCGCUUGUCUGUAUUUAAAUUAUGACCUUCAGCGACGUGUUAGAUGUGUUCCGUUCCUAACUCAUUGACAUCGAAACGUAUCGUGUUUGUCUUUUGCACGUAAGCGAGGAGAAAUUGCAAAACUCGAUGCGAGGAAUAAAAACUUACUUGAGAGAAAAUGAAACUUCAUGGGAAGAAAUAAGUGAUGAAAUGAAACUCGAUAGCAGUUGUAUUAAAACUAGAUGCGAGAAAUUGUCAAGUCGGUGCGAGAAAUUGUAAGCGUCGAUGGACUGAAGCUUUCCUAAGGCAACUACAGUUGUCUCCCAAGGAGAGUUAACGGUUCGAACCAAUCGAUUCCUGAGUUUGUUUGCUUAUUUUUAUGAAAAUUUCGACGCCUGUGAUGUUAUAAGUUCGAACGAAUCGACUCACGAGUUUGGUUACUUAUCUGUAUGCAAAUUUCGACGUCUGUGAUGUUGUCAAGGGAACUUAUUCAAUAUUCGGUCGUAUUAUAUUACCCAGUUUCUCCGCGGCAAAAUAACAACAAACUUUAUUGAAUAUUAAAUCUAGAAGAGCAGCUCAUAUGUUGAUCAUGACUUUUGCAGAUGUGGCGGCUCCUAAAAGAGCCAUUUUUAGCGACGUCGAAUAGCGGCGGAGUGACAUCUGGCUCAGGGAUCGGUGGAGACAUAACUGGUGGAAGAAGAAGUUUUCUGCUUAAGUAUACGGACUUACUAUGUUCUAAUGUUUUAAUUUCUUUUUGAUAAACAACAAGAGAAACAGCAACAUCAAAAGCAGUUUUCUUUUAAGUAUACGGACUUACUAUGUUUUAACAGAAAUGUUCUAACUUCUUUUUGAUAAACAAGAGAAACAGCAACAUCAAAAGCAGUUUUCUUAAACAACAACAUCUAGCAAUUACAACAACAAAAACUCAAAACUUACUACCGUUAAAAGACGCCUCUUCUAGUCUGGUGCUUUCAAGGACAGGGCAGGAAUAACAACGCCAUUCCAGAUUCUUCUCCUCACGGACCGCUGCCCAGUAGUCUUGGCGGGAUACACCGGUGUUGCAGUUCCUAUGGUUCCAUAGAUUGCAGCCAUCGCACUGAAGGGCUUCUUGUCUCGGUCUAACUUUUUCUUUGCAGACGAUGCAAUUGUCAGUUGAAGACAUAACGAAGAAUGAUGAAGAGCGUAUCGUAUUCGUAACCGUGUCGUAUUCGUAAUCGAGAGCGAGAUCAGAUGAUCGGAUUAGAUUAACUGGUUUUUUACUUUCCUUUUAUACACACCCCUAGGAUCCAAAUUUUCACUUCGAAGAAAGCAAGGAAUUUGAUGGGAGGAUCGUUAAUUAACACAACAUUUGUUUAUUUGUUUGUUUGUUUGAAUUUAGUCUCACCUCAAAUUAACAUAUUUUCGCACAUCGCCUUGGGUUUAAAUGGUGAGAAAAGUGAUCUUUACAUUUCCAACAUUUCGACUUGUGUUCGGAUGAAAUAGUUUGCCUUUACACUACGAGAUACGAACGAAAUGUUGUUGCACAACACCUUCAGUUUUGAACGUGCUAUCGACAACAUACGUUUAUAAAGUCUGAGUACAGACAAGCGAACAAACUUAUCGGUUUCGAACGUGCUUUCGACAACAUACUUUUAUAAAGUUUGAGUACAGACAAGCGAACAAACUUAUCAGCCGAACAUCCUACUCUCCUCGAUUAAUCUCUUUAUUGGUGGUUGGUGGCGAGAAGACUUCGCUUGGUGGCGAGUACGUUCCUUGGUGGCGAGGUUGCUAGUGGCGAGUCUGCUUGGUGGCGAGGUAACUGGAUACCGCGCAAAGGCAUAACUAGAAGUCCCCCAUUUUUUAUUGUAAGAGAAACAAUAAAAUUUUAAAAUUUUUUUAAUUUCUGGCAGGAGGCUGGCUCCUAGUCUAUAAUGUUAUUGCUGGGGGAACUGUGCCCCCCACCUAUUUGAAUAUUGAAACAACAUACGCAGGAGUCAGUCGUUACAGCAGCAACAGAAUGGUUCUCUCUCUUGACGGUAUGAGAGAGUUGAGAUCCCGCAUAUCUUUCACUCAGCUGAGAUUCCACUGCCAUAAACAGCAACAUGGACGAACGUUUCAUAUCAAAACGGCCGCGAACAGCUCUGGUGAAGCUGUAGCCAGGUUCUUUGCCGGUGAUACCGACGUUUUUCCCAAAGCCUGUGGUUCAUUUGAAAAACUCAAGGGAGACAACUCAAUCCUUGCAAGUAGAUGCGUAGAAUGGGGGACGGAAAACGGUGCGAUACGUGUUGGAAAAUGGGGACAUGAAGGGCAUAAGGAGCUGUAUAUAUACUCAGCAUUCGUUGUGGGUAGCUAUCAUUGGAUCACUUGGCCAAGUUCGAACGCUUGGCAAUAUGAUGAUAAUUUUGAGAAAAUUGUUACAUCCGGUGACUUCUGGAGAAUUUAUGUCCGUUGA